ACACACACACACACACAAACGCACACACACAUACUUUAUAUACUCAUGUAUUUCUUAUUUUGGUGUAUUACCCUCUUUGUGUAAAUUCACGUAUUGGUCACCACUGUUGAUGAUGUAGAUGAAAAUGCGAUCAACAAACAGUAUUCAUCUUCAUUAAUGAAAGUAGUUCUUCUCUUAUAUACGAUUGGAUCUUAUCAUAUUCACCUUAAUAUCUGUGAAGAGUCCUUGAAUGAGAAACAACAGUGAUAUUGACAUAAACUAUUCAUUAUAGACACUUGGUUAUACACCUCUAUAUAUAUAAAAGGAUUUGCUAUAAUGAUUCUUAUUGUAAUACUGGUCAAACAAUCAUCAUACAUGUAAAGUAUCAUCUUUAUCUUUGUUUAUAAACUGUUCAUUGAACAAUGAAUGAUCUUCAAUGAUUGUACAAAAUGUUGCUGAUGUUGAUAAUAACAAUCAUUUAAUUAAGUAGUACAUUGAUAUCACCAUUCGUUAAAUGUCAAUUCCCGAUGGAACAAUCCUAGUAUAAUCUUAGAUGAAAUGAAUCAUAAUCAAUUGAUAAGAUGGAUACAUUUUCAUGUUGAAUUCCCAACCAACUCCAAUUAGACAGUCGUUAUUAUCAUAAAACUCUGAUUAUAAUCAUGAUUAAAAAAAUGAACGAAUUCCUCCUUGUUGAAUAGAAUGUCUAACUACUUAACAAUACCUAAACUAUGAUGAUCAUGAUUAUAGACAAUCAUUGAAAUGUUAACAAACAAUAUAUUAUCUAUUCAAUCAAUGAAUGAAGAUCCUUGUCGAAACAGUAAAAUAUUCAUGUCACAUGAAGAAGCUCUAGUCAAAUUAACCGAAAGAACAUCAUAUCCAAUAUUACAAGAAAAUGGUCAACGUUGUUAUGGUCCACCACCAAAUUGGUAUGGAUCUAAACCUCCAAAAGGUUGUGAAAUAUUUAUUGGUAAAAUACCACGUGAUUGUUUUGAAGAUGAAUUAAUUCCCAUAUUUGAAUUAGCUGGUAAAAUUUAUAUGUUUCGAUUAAUGAUGGAUUUUAAUGGAUUAAAUCGUGGUUACGGUUUUUGUUUAUAUACUAAUCGUAAUGAUACUAAACAAGCUGUUAAUCAAUUGAAUGGUUAUGAAAUACGUAAAGGUAAAUUGUUAGGUGUCUGUUACAGUAUUGAUAAUUGUCGUUUAUUCAUUGGUGGUAUCCCGAAAUCUAAAACAAAAGAUGAAAUCAUGUUAGAAAUGUCAAAUGUGACUGAUGGUGUAAAAGAUGUAAUUGUUUAUCCAAGUCUAGUUGAUAAAACAAAAAAUAGAGGAUUUGCAUUUGUUGAAUAUGAAAAUCAUAAAACAGCUGCUAUGGCUAGACGUAAAUUAAUUCCUGGACGAAUUCAUUUAUGGGGACAUCAAAUUGCUGUAGAUUGGGCAGAACCAGAACGUCAAGUUGAUGAAAAUAUUAUGUCAAAGGUUCGUAUAUUGUACGUAAGAAAUUUAAUGUUACAUACAACAGAAAAUGCAGUAAAAGAUCAUUUCAAUCAAGCAAUUCAUUCAAUGAAUGCUGUUGAACGUGUUAAAAAAAUUCGUGAUUAUGCCUUCGUUCACUUUCAUAAUCGUAUAGAUGCUAUCACAGCAUUAAAACAAUUAGAUGGCACGAUAUUUGAUGGAGCGCAAAUUGAAGUGACUUGGGCAAAACCUGUUGAUAAAUAUGAUCAUUUAAGAACAAAUCAGAAUUCUCAAUCCGUUUUAACAAUCAAUCCAAACUAUACUAAUUAUUUCAAUGGUUCAUGUUUACCUUUAACUACUCAACAACAAGCCAUAUCAUCAUCAUCAUCAUCAUCAUCAUCUUUGUCGUUAGUCGGUUCAUUGAAUACAUUCACCAUAUCGUCAACUUCAUCAGGAAUAAUCUAUUCUAAUUCAAUAUCAAAUAGUACACCUUUACAGCAAUUACAUCAUCUUAAUUCUUAUCCUUUCUCUUCAAUAAUGAAUCAAUCAAUUAUAUCAUCAAAUUCCUAUUAUUCACAUAAUACUACAAGUAUUUUCACACAAACAACUAUGUAUGGAUAUCAAAGCCAAUUGAAUGCAAUGCUUAAGCAUACUAUUGGUCAUAAUUCAUUAUCAUUCAAAUAUACCACUACUUCAUCGUCAUCAUCAUCGUCAUCAUCAUCAUCAUCAAGUAUAUCAUCUUCAUCUAUUAUGUCAAUUGGCAACCCAAUGAAUACACUAUCAAUAAUGAAACAUUCAAACAAUAAUAAUACUGAUAAUUAUAAAAAUAUUUUAAUCAAUAAAUCAAUCAAUCAAUCAUCAUCAUCAUCAAUAUUGAAUCGAAUACGUUUAAAUGAAUUAUGUCAAUCCAUUUCAACAAUGAAUAUUGAAAAGAAUAACAUUCAAAAUUUAAGAUAUAAACAAUCAAUACAGCAAUUGUUUCAUUCAUCCAUAUUGAAUUCACAAAAAGAAAAUAGUUCCUUUGAGACAAGUACUUUAUUACAACCUUUAUUACAAUCAAAUGAAAAGAACUUAAAUGAGAGAUCAUUCGUUUUAAAUUCGGGAAGUGAUAAGCGAUUGAAUAUUGAUCAUUCCAGUAUAGACGAUCAACAGAUAACAAAUGCUAACAAAUUAUUAAUAGAUAUUUGUGUCAAAAAUGGACUUGGUUCACCGAAUUUCACGAUCCUGACACAAAGUUAUAUUAAUCAAAUCAAUGGGAAGAAAAUGAAUUUAUACAUUGGACAAGUCUUUUUACCACUUAUAAAUCGUCAAUUCACUUCCAAGUACCCAUCCAUCACUAUAGAAAAAUCAUUACAAUCAGUUAGUGAAUUAGCAAUCAUUUGGUUAGUUAAUUAUCAUUUCAUAAGUGACAGUAAUCAUAAUAGUAAUAAUAAUGAUCUUGAUCCAAUUCAUCAUCAAAAUAAUCAUCAUGAUCCUACAGAACCCUUGAAAUCUUCUAAUCAUUUCAUAAAUAUCAUUCAUGAUCUUGAUCCAAUUCAUCAUCAAAAUAAUCAUCAUGAUCCUACAGAACCCUUGAAAUCUUCUAAUCAUUUCAUAAAUAUCAAUCAUGAUCUUGAUCCAAUUCAUCAUCAAAAUAAUCAACAUGAUCCUACAGAACCCUUGAAAUCUUCUAAUCAUUUCAUAAAUAUCAAUCAUGAUCUUGAUCCAAUUCAUCAUCAAAAUAAUCAUCAUGAUCCUACAGUAUCCUUUAAAUCUCCUAAUCACUUCAUAAAUACCAUUCAUGAUCUUGAUACAGUUCAUUCAGAUUUAAUGUAUGAUAAAGAUCAUAGUUGUGAAUCUAAAAGAGAUUCAUAUUUAAACAAAACAAUUAGCCAUAAUAUCAACAAUGUAAACUAUAAUACUGAACUAGUUUCAUCAAAUAUACUAACAUUCUACCGUAAAACUCACAACUUUCAAUCAUCCUUACAACAGGAUCAGAAUGCAAUUCAUGACAAAUUGUUAAACAAUAACAAUAAUGAUAUGAAUAUGAAUUCUUCAAUGUUAAAUGAUUCAAUAAUUAAUAAAAUCAAAUUGGAUUAUGACAAUAAAUUCAAUUUACCAUAUAGUGAAUUAUUAAAUGUCAAUGAUUCAAAUGAAAUAACUUUGAAUCAUAAUCCAUUUAAAAUGAAUGAAAGAAAAUUAAUGCAAUUUACUUCAUCAUUUGAUUGUAAUCAUUAUGUAAGAAGGUCUAUGGAAACGAAUCACAUUGUGAAUCAUGAUACUACUAAUACUACUACUACUACUAGUAGUAGUAGUAGUACUUCUACUACUACUUCGACUACAGAUUGUAAUAAUAAUAAUAAUAAUAAUAAUAAUAGUAAUAAAAGUACAAAUAAUCAAUUACAAAAUACAUUUGAAUUGAUGAUGACAUAUGACUCAAAUGAUACAACUAGUUUAAAUCAUUCAUUGAAUGACUUUGAAAUGAUGCAUAAUGAGUUUCCUAAUUCAGAAUUAUCAUUAUCAUCACCGACUUCAUUUUCAUUUUCAUCGUCGUCGUCGUCAUCAUCAUCAUCUUCAAUAUCAUCAUUAUUAAAACUAAAAACAUCAGAAACUUAUCCCGAAUUAAUUCAAUCUAUUUCAUUGAAUAAGAUUCAUACAUAAGAUCCAUUUAGUCAAGUUACAGAUAAUAUUCUAAUUGUUAUCUAUGACUAUUUAUUUAACUUUUCUAUUGUUGACAUACAUAUCGAAAUGGCAUAGUAACUAGUAGAAAUUCUGUUUUGUUUUUUUUUUGUUUUACCCUAGUUACUAAUUAAUAAUGGUAUAUAUUAACUUAUAUCUAAUGAAUAAGUAGUAUAAUUUUUAUCCAUAAUUUUAUUUCUUUUAAAAGCUUAUUUUAUAACAUAAAAAAGAGACUGUUGUACAGUUUGAUUAUAUAAUCAAUGGAACAAAUGGAACAAAAAAAGAAACAAUUUUUUUCUUUUCACAUUGCAUAGUAACUAUUCAUGUUUUAAUCAAAUUCAAAUAUUGAUACUACAUUGUACAAUAUUUUAAUAAAUUUGAAAAUAUUCAUUCAUCUUUAUCUCAUCAGUAAUCAAUUUAGUCAAGUUAUCAAUUAUAUAUUCAUUAGUAUCUAAGAUUAUUGAUUUGAUUUUGAUUUUUUUUUUUGGUUGUUGUCAACAUUGCAUAGUAACUAUUCAUGUAUCCAUCAAAUUGCAAAUAUUGGCGCUUCAUUGUAAAAUGAUUCAAUAAAUUUAAUCUUUAUCACAUUCAUGUAUAUGAGAAUAAUGAAUGAAAUUCAUUUAUUUUUACAGAAUCAUUAAAAGAAAUGGAAUUCUAUAAUCAACUAAGGAUUUUAAAAAAAAUUUUUAAACUAUUUUUUUCUUGUUUUGAUGUUACUAUGUGUGUUUGUUUUUUGUAUUUUUGUUGUGUUUUUUUUUUGUUUUUUUUUUCUUGGUUAUGAUGAAAUGGUUGGUUCAAUUAUCAUUUAGUUCAUUGUUUGUUUUAUAAAAUUGAUAGUUAUAUAUAAUAAAUGAUUAUUAUAUUUUGAUUUGGUAUUAUUUGAUUGAAUAUUCCCAUUGAUGUUUAGCACUGUAGUCCUAAACAUCAUCCCAUUGCACAAACAACUGGCUAUCAAGACUUAAUAGCUAAGUGGAUAAUGCUAUAACGUUUGAAGCGAAAGGUACUAGGUUCGAGUCCUUAGAGUGAACAUCAACUCUGAGAUGUUGGUUUAUCCAGCUGAUGAGAUUGAAAAAUUGAUGUCAGCAAACAAAUUUGGCGUUUAUUUGUUUAUUAAAUGAAUAUUUUGUAGAUAUAUCAACUGAAAAUUUUCAUAAAAUCAAGACUCUCUCAUCUAAAUUACCUCAUUUCAGAAGUAAAUUCACUCUUAUAUUCACACACAUUUGAAUAAAUGGGCCACAACUCGUUUUCAAAGUAAGAAAGGUUUAGAAACUUAAAGAUAAACUAUCGUAAUAAUGAAUUAACUUGGUAUUACUUAUUUGAAUCCUCCCAUUGAUGUUUAGGAUUACAACUGGUAAGUCUCUUAUUGACAUACUGUGCGUAUUGCCUCGAU